GGGGAAGGCCACACACAGCGUAGAAGAAGAAAUAAAUAAACUGCUGUGUCAGAGAGACGACCUACUGUUCCCGCCAAUUCAUGUGUUUCAGCAGAGCAUACUUGAAUGGCUCGAUGGUUGAAGAAGAAGAAAUAAAUAAACUGCUGUGUUGGAGAGGCGACCUACUGUUCCCGCCAAUUCAUGUGUUUCAGGUCAGCGAUGGACUGUACCUCUUCCUGUGUAGCCUGGGGGUGGAAGACCUUGUCCAGCUCAAAGGCGCGACCUUUCCCUUUGCUCAGCACGUUCAGCGAGGACUCGUUAUUUGGGUCUGUGGUCACCACCACCGAUUGGCCUUCCUCGUGUUGGUCCUCCUUCAGCACGGGCUUCACGCGGCACAGCACACGAAUGUUGCCUUGGAGACACACAUAGCCUCAGUCACAUCACCCAAUGUGGCAUCGCUUCCUCUUCUCUGCCUACCUUUUAGCUCCACUAGCUGCUCAUGCAACUUCCUGCGCAGUGCGACCUCCUUCCUGUACUUCUCCAGAAGGUCUUUGUUGGCCUCAGACAUCUCAGAGAUUGCUGCUGAAACCUGCCAAAGAAGAUGGCGGCGAAUAUUGCCAUUCAUCCUGGUCCUGAAAGUGUUCUGCCGAGCAGUUUGCGGCCGCCUUCACCGCCUCCUCCUUCCUUUCCUCCAAGUGGCCGAUCUCCUUCAGCAACUCCUCUCUCAGCUGGCCGAUCUCUCGCUCAUAAGCUGCAAUCUGCAAUCAAAUAAUGGUAGUAACUAACUAUCAUUAGAUUGCAGCUGUAUUCAUCUGAUUUCCUGAUUUGCUCCUCCAACUGUUUGCACCGCUCGUUCUGAUUGGUCAGCUUCUCGGACAGCAGCUCGUUCCUCUGUCUGGCUUUGGUCAGCUGCUUGACAGCGGCGGGCGAUUCCACCUCGACAGUCUGGGUGACGUACUGGAAGAAAGAACUGUUAUUAAGGGCUGUUGCAGCUUUUACGAUGUGAAGCUGAAGCUCCCUCACUCGAUCCUCUCGUCUCCUCAGCUCCUCCCCCCUCCUCCACUCGCUGCGCUCACUCUGCUGCUCCAGCUGCGACAGCCGCUCGGCGCGUUGCUGCAGGGAGGCCUCCAGCUGCUGCACCCUGCUUCUCAGAUUCUCGUUUUCCUGAUUGGACGGUAAAAAAUUCCAGCGAGUAUUUGGGGGUUCUGAGUAAGCACAGUGCAUCAUCCCACCUUGAUGAGCAUGGUGCUGGACUGUGAGGGGACGGUGGUCAGCUGCUGCAGGAGGCCUUGAGUGACAGACAGGCUCUGCUUGAGACUCUCAUUCUCCGCCGAAAGACACAGCACACGUUUUUCUGAGUCUGUGGCCCCCUAAGGAACUACCUGCUGCUGAAAGGCCAGGACACGUGAAUGUCGAUCUUUGUCCUUCUGCUCCAGCUGGGAGCGCAGGAGAUGCAGCUCUCCUCUCAGCUUGCUGCGUUCACCCUGCAGGCCGUACAGGGACUCCACCAGGCAGUGAACCCUUGCCUGAGCCCCUUCAACGUUGACACACUCGCCUGGUAAGGUUGACUUCAAAAGUCUUGAGGCACAUGUGUACCAGCAGUGGUACUUGUAGCACACUUUGAGAACCAACGCACCACAGGCGCUGGCGGUAGGAGGCCCGGAGCGCCUUCAUCUGGCGUCUGUGCUGCACGCGGUGCCUCUUGAGCUGGAGACGGUACUGCUCGGCUUGCUGCUGCAGCUGCUGGAAGUGCGAGUACUGCUCCAGGAAGCUCAGCAAGUGGGACAUGACGGCCAUCAAGGGGGACUCUCCUAACUGAUGCCAAGUUUACUUUUUAAACUCACGGAAAGGUUGCUUUUUUUUUUUUUUUGUCAAGGUGUUACCUUUCCUGUUGACUCCAGCUGGCUCUGUGAGGCUCUCCGCUUGUCAGACUCCUGCUUGAAGGACAGAAACGCGGCCAGAGGAGUGCAUGCUGGGAUAUCCGUGGCAUCCUCAUCUUCAUCGCUUGGGGACAACUCAUCACUGUCACUGCUACUGCCUACACCGGAUACCAAAGGACAUUACCUGAGGGUAAAAUGUAUCUUUCAUUAUGUACAGUACAUGCACACUUACUAGAGUCACUUAGCCGAGCACUGGCUUUCUUUCUCAUUGUGGAGGUGUGGCCAUCUUUCUUUCUGCUCCCUGUUUCCAUGGAAACAGGUCUCGGCUCCUGAGUACAGCAACAUAAAUGAGGGUCAUGUGGUGUUUUCACAAUAUUUACCCACAAAAAUCUGCGAGUGCAAUGGCACAUCCAAUCAGAGACUCCGUUGAAACUGUCAGGAAUUCUGCUAUGACGCAUGCAUGCAUGCAUGCAUGGAUGGAUGGAUGGAUGGAUGGAUUCCCCGUGAAAAAAAUGCUAUUUUUUUUCGACACGGUGGAUAUGAUGUGGCGAGGCAUACGUCUGUAGAGGCUCCACAUGAUGCCGCCAAGGCGUCCUCCUCCUCCUCUUCUUCCUCCUUCUUGAAGACAGUGUAGAAGAUAUAGACUAAAAGGGAGUAGAAGGCGUACAUGUCCACGCUGUGCAACAGUUCCUGUAAAUUAAAACCACAUCAAACACGCAGGGAGAGGACAACAUGACCGAAUGCCCCAUGACCACAUUCCAUCAUGCACUGUGCUUACCUUAGCAUGUAUUAUAAUCCACGGUCCCAGGCAUUUGUAUUCCCGUUUCAGGCUCCAUCCAUGUUCUCAAUGACACGUCUUCCCUAUGCAUGCAGCUCCUUUUCUCAAGAGCUGCAACAGCAUCCCACCAAACGCUCUCCCCUCCCCUUUCUCCUCCUCCUCAGCACUCUUGGCCCAUUUACAGGCGGCAUCUGCAGCGAGCAUGCUCAGUGCAGAACCUGCAUCAGCUGCAGUGGAGGAUUAAGUCGUGAGAGAACGGAUUGGCGCGCCAGUGACAGACACACCAUGAGGCAGCAGGACAAGGACGCCAGGCCCAGGCAGCGACUCAGGACCACCAGUGUAUCUGCUGAGAGACUGUCACACAGGCCCAGCAGCAGGCAGGAGCCGACCAAGAGAAUGCCUGCUGUGCUGUGAUCCUCACUCAACCACAGGAAGUGGAAGGCGAGCAGCGAUGGAGCAAGAAUGUCUCCGGCCCAGACUGCAUCUUUCUGGAUGGAGGGCCUGAAGCACCUGAAACGUUUGCAGAGCCUAAAUCUGUACUACAACUGCAUACCUUCCUUGGAGGAAGUCAAAGUUCUCUUUGAGUUGCCGCUUUUAAGAGAACUUGAUUUGAGGCUCAAUCCCGUGGCCAAUGAGCCACAGUAUCGUCCUAUCGUGGUGCAAGCCAUCGGCAGCCUACGUAUGUUGGACGCUUGUGUCGUCACCCACACCGAGCGGAGGGCGGCCAAGAUGCAACUGUCUCAUGAUCCACCGCCUCGGAGAAAGAGGGCUUCUAUCAAGAAGAAAAGUUGUGACAGGGCACUGGCCUUUGUGGAGCGCCUCAGCCGGAGGCUCUCCGCCCUGACUGAAGAAGACGACAUUGUGUCACCUGCCUCGCAGUCAGGUGAACACCCCCAGAGUUUGUUGAUUGACAGCCAAGCACCCGUCCAUCAUCGACUGGAGCAGUUUGAUCGCUCCAACCCCAUCUUACAUCCUCCAAGACUGACCACCUCCUGCUUCAACAAGGCAGAUUAUGGUGGUUACAGGGAGCCGUUGGACAACCUGCUGGACUUCAUGGACAAGCACUGGGUGGGAGAGAAAUCUCUGCAAAUUGACAGCAACUUCCUGAUUCAGAUUGUCCAGAUCUUCUCAAUGAUGGAAAACCAUAUCAGCAAACGGGACGCCGAGGUCAAGGCCUUAAGAAUCGAAGUUGACGCGCUGUGUUUUUGUGCCGCCGCUCAGGAGAGAGAACACAAAUCCGAAGUGUCCAGGUUGACCUCUCAGCUGGGCGAGCUCAACAAACAGUUGUGGUUCGUCAUGGACGACAACGCCGCCCUCCAAAAAGAACUGGUGAAGGUAGAACACGAAUAUCUCCAGUAUCUGACCGAGCACCCGCCCGUUUUCCACAUGACAGACUCUGUGAGAGAUCUGGAGGACCUGAAGGAGGAGGUCAAAGAACUGAGGAAAAAAGUCAACUCUUCAGGUCUGACUGGAAAGGAGAGGGAUUGAGACGAUUCCCGCCGGGAUAAAGCAUCACUUUUAACACUGCACGUUGCGUUCAAUGUUGUUGUUAUUUUUAACUCUUUUUUUGCACUGAGCUUCUUGAAUCGGUGAGGUGGUUAUUAUUUAAAAACAAUGUAGAAGGCAGCGUUUACUCCAUGUUUAUUAAAGAAGGU